UGACGGUCACCGUGGUCCGCCAUUCCCGCCAAAGGCGACGGCGGGGCCUAAGAGGAGCUCGCAGGCCUUUUCCCAGCAGAGAGGCGGUGCCGGGGCGCGACGAGGAGCCGCCUCUACCGGCUGUUAAGGCGCGGACUCGGAACGGGGCUGACGGGAAUUCCAGCCCAGGAAGCUGGGGUCACUGUUCGGUUCGACGGAGAGAACCAAAGGCUGGACCACUACCGAGUGACAUCUUUGAGGCGCAGGCUAAGUGGAUGGCAAAGCCUUUAAUCUCCAGGCGGCUGUUUAGGGUCUUGCCACCUUAAGGCGCUCCGCCUUAAGAAGACGCCGCUCACGGCCCCCGCGCACGCGCGUCCCGGCCUGCCCCGCGCGCAACCCAGUCCGCGUCCCGGCCUGCCCCGCGAGGAGGCUGGGAGGGGCGCGCGGACUCUAGCUCGAGCCUCGGGGCUAGCUGCUCCCACCUUACCUCCGCCUUUCCCAGGGGCGCCAUGGAGCCCCGGGCAGUUGCGGAGGCUGUGGAGACGGGGGAGGAGGACGUGAUUAUGGACGCCCUGCGCACGUACAACCGGGAGAACUCCCAGAGCUUUGCGUUUGAUGCCACCCAGCAGGAGGACAGGAAGAGGCUGGCGAAGCUCCUGGUCUCGGUCCUGGAGCAGGGCUUGCCCCCCUCGCGCCGCGUCACUUGGCUGCAGAGCAUCCGCAUCCUGUCCAGGGACCGCAGCUGCCUGGACCCGUUCACCGGCCGCCAGAGCCUGCAGGCGCUUGCCUGCUAUGCUGGCAUCGCUGCUUCAGAGUCGGAUCCUGAGCCCUUGGACGCAGACGUUGUGCUCGAGUCCCUCAAGUGCCUGUGCAACCUUGUGCUCAGCAGCCCGGCUGCACAGGUGCUGGCGGCGGAGGCCCGCCUGGUGGUGAGGCUGGCGGAGCGCGUGGGGCCGUAUCGCCAGAGCUGCUUCCCGCACGACAUCCAGUUCUUCGACCUGCGCCUGCUCUUCUUGCUGACGGCCCUUCGCGCAGACGUGCGCCAGCAGCUAUUUGCUGAGCUGCAGGGCGUGCUCCUGCUGACCAAGACGCUGGAGCUGACGCUGGGGGCAGCCCCAGAAGAGAGCCCUCCCGAGCGCCUCCCUCCCCAGGAGACCGAGCGGGCCAUGGAGAUCCUGAAGGUGCUCUUCAACAUCACCUUUGACUCCGUCACCAGGGAUGUGGACGAGGAAGACACUGCCCUUUACCGGCACCUGGGAACCCUUCUGCGGCACUGUGUGAUGGUCACUGCUGCCGGAGACCGCACGGAGGAGUUCCAUGGGCAUGCGGUGAACCUCCUGGGGAAUCUGCCCCUCAAGUGUCUGGACGUCCUCCUCACGCUGGAGCCACUCGAAGGCUCCCUGGAGUUCCUGGGAGCGAACAUGGAUGUGAUUCGUGUUCUCCUCAGCUUCCUGGAGAAGCGUCUGCAACAGACGCACAGGCUGAAGGAGAGCGUGGCCCCCGUGCUGAGCGUGCUGACCGAGUGCGCCCGCAUGCACCGCCCUGCCAGGAAGUUCCUGAAGGCCCAGGUGCUACCCCCACUACGGGAUGUGAGGACGCGGCCUGAAGUCGGGGAGCUGUUGCGGAACAAGCUUGUCCGCCUCAUGACGCACUUGGACACCGACGUGAAGCGAGUGGCAGCCGAGUUCUUGUUCGUCCUGUGCUCCGAGAGUGUGCCCCGGUUCAUCAAGUACACAGGCUACGGGAACGCCGCGGGCCUGCUGGCUGCCAGGGGCCUCGUGGUGGGGGGCCGGCCAGAGGGCCAGUACUCAGAAGACGAGGACACAGACACGGAUGAGUACAAGGAAGCCAAGGCCAGCAUCAACCCUGUGACUGGGAGGGUGGAGGAAAAGCCGCCCAACCCCAUGGAGGGCAUGACGGAGGAGCAGAAGGAGCACGAAGCCUUGAAGCUGGUGAGCAUGUUUGACAAGCUCUCCAGGCACAGAGUCAUCCAGCCCAUGGGCAUGAGUCCCCGGGGUCAGCUCACAUCCCUGCAGGACGCCAUGUGUGAGACCAUGGCAGGGCAGCUGUCCUCAGACCCAGACUCCGACCCCGACUGAAGACGGACCCCCAUCUGCUCCCCUUCAGAACCGGUGCUGCUGGCAGAUGUCCUUGGGACUGUGUCCUGGGGAAGCCAUGUCCAGCUUAAAGACCCCUCUUACUUGUAAAGUUCUUGUCAUGAUUUACCUCUGGUCCAGUUACUUAUCUCUGGGACUGCAGGGGUCUUGUCCUGCUGGAACUCUGGGAAUUCAGCCUUGGUUUCUGCAAAUGAAGUGGUUUCUUGGAUGUGUGCAGAGGCUGCUGCCUGAGCGCAGGAUUUAACCGCACAUACUAAUGAACUUGUGGGAGGGCAGGGGCUGAGCACAUGCAUGGCUUGCUGGCCCCGAGCUGGUGUGUCGGGCAAGCACUGCAUUUCACAGGGGAAAAGAACCUGCUAGCAACUUUAUGUGUGAAUGUCAGAAACACUUCCAAGGUGUGCUGUGCUAUUUCUGUCCCCACUGAGCUACAGACUGGUGGCCUCUUCUACAUUCUCAGUCCUGGCUCAGCCACCUGCUGCGGCGUCCACUGCACCUGAGUUCUCACUGGUUGUGACAUCAAAUCUCGAUGCCUCCCCACUGGCUUAGAACAUGGAGGAAAAUGCCCCCGUAAACCGGUAAUUCUGCACUUCUACCACAUGCCACAAGUGUCACGGGAACAUACCCUGAAAUAUAGUUUCAGGCAAGAAUGUAUACAUGUGAGAAAGUGUAAAAUACCAAGUAAAGGAACCAGUAGAAAUGUUAA